AUGCGCGUGUCUCACCCGCACAUUUUCAUGCAGGAGCUAUCGGGGCAUUUCACCCUUCGUGUCCUGCUUUGCCAUGUCGACGUGGACGACAGCGAGACCCCUUUGCUCGAGAUCAACAAAAUGGCGGUUUUUAACGACUUCACACUCGUCCUGGCGUGGAGCCUCCAGGAAGCAGCCAGAUACCUGGAGACCUACAAGGCCUACGAGCACAAGUCGGCAGACAGCAUUCAAGAGAAGGUUGACGACGACUUCCUUGGGAAACUGCAGGAUUGCUUUGGAGUGGUCAGGUCCGUCAACAAGUCCGACGUGCUCACUCUUGCAUCCAACUUCGGUUCUCUCAAGGCCGUGUGCGAUGCGACUGCCGGCGAACUGUCCUUGUGCCCAGGCCUCGGGGAGAAGAAAGUUGCUAGAAUACAUGAGGCCCUGCACGAGCCAUUGGUGCGCAAGCACAGCAGUUCCAGACUCAAGCGGAAUAGGACAGAGGGCUGAAAGAGACAAAUUCAAACGUAAAUCUUGUGUGCUUGUAGGACAUGUUUUUUUUACCCGACGUUCUUUCUGAAACGCGAAGGGGAGUUAUCUGUGCUCGAAUCCCGCGAACCGCUGCGGCUGUGAUCGUUGGCGUCGUGAGUUGGAGGCUGAUCGCAUUCCGAGGAAGCCACGCUGCCGCUGAUGGGGAAUAUGCUGCUCCAGUGGCAGCUACGGUGUUCGUGGAUUCGGCUUCUGCUGGGAAAUUGGCUGUCGUUGUUGUGGGUUUGGGUCCGUUGCCGCACCGAGCGGAUGCUGGGAAAUUGGCUCCCUUCAUCGCGGGGUUGUGAGCUAUCUGCAAGCUCAGACUUGGGCGUCCUUGGCGGCAUUGCGAACUGUGCGAUGGCGGUGAUUGGCACCACGUUUCUUCUCGAGGGGGGUAGCACCUGUGGGGCCGUGACGGUUGUGAUUGUCGCCGUUCAGUCCUUUCUUACUGCCCGACAAAGAUCAUUGUCAACGUCUGGUUAGCCCCACGUGGUUCUCGGGGAAGAUUCGUUGGAGAGAUACCCCCCUCCCACGGUCGGAAGCGGAACCGCCUCGUCCCUGGCGAGCAAGGUGAAGCUCUCGGGACUUCUGCGAUGCUUGGGCCUUUACACGUCUGUUGAUUACGUAGGUUGCAGUCCUUCUCCUUCCUCGUGGCGGUCUGAAGAUGGUAUUGUGCGCCGCGCACGUGAUAUUGUAAUC